AUGCGCCAUUGUGCAAAAUGCUGUUCUUCAUCAGACAGCCAUUUUGCUGUUGCAGGAAAGUCGGGUAAGACGAAGCUGAGGGGCUACACCGAUAGUGAUGACUCCUUCAAUGAUGAAGAGCCAUCUCCAUCCAGUGAUCCCAUGCGCUCCAUCAAGGUUACCCAAAAUCCCAGCAGCAAGUAG